AUGACUACCCAAAGCCAUGGCAAUGGCUCCGGCGCCUACCCAUGCCAUCCGUCGCCCCUCGCCACCACGUCAGGCUCGGUGGGAGGCGCCGCCGAAGAUAGACCCCACGCUGUCCAGCUUAAUCUUCUCCCCGCUCCAGACUCUCUUCCUCCACCUUCGCCUGCACCGUCCACCGAUCUUGAGGACGAGGCCGCGGAGGAUGUCAUCGUUAGCCGGUACCUCGACCUGAACGGGCCCUGUGAGCCCGAAUCCGGCGACGACGCCAUGGCGGAGGCCAAUGGUAGCCAAGGAGGCAGCCAACAGGUUACUGACCAAGGAUCUCUCGCUUCGAGCUCCACUUUGACUGCCAGUAUCCAGGUCCCGUUGCUGAAUAGCUUUGCCAAAGAGCAGCUCCAGCCUAGGACGUUAGAGCCAGAGCAGCUGCCACGAGUGCCACCGUCCCAACUGGCAGGAGGCUCUGGCUCUGGCACGGGAAGCUGCAUGUCCAGGGACAGACCCGGCGCUGUAGCUCUCUUUGCGCUGGCAAAAGAUGUAAUGGUCAGUGAAAUUCAGAUGGAGAAGAUCAUGCGCGACGAGCACCUGGCUGACCUCAUGCUUACAGACCCCAAGAGGGUGAAGAAGCUUCUCUCAGCCCGGGUGUAUUCUGCCAAGAGGAAGCAGGACAGCGACAAGCGCAUGUUGGAUCUUCAGCAUACAGUUCAGAUGCUCGAGAUGGAGAGAACUACAUUAUCUGAAGAAUUGGCUUCACUGCAGAGCAAGUCUGUGGAGAUUAGGACUGAAAACUCUAAGCUGGAAACUAAGCUGUACUCAAUGGAGAAGGAUAUCACAUCUGAGAGGUGGCUUCUCGCAGCCCGGGUGUAUUCUGCCAAGAGGAAGCAGGACAGCGACAAGCGCAUGUUGGAUCUUCAGCAUACAGUUCAGAUGCUCGAGAUGGAGAGAACUACAUUAUCUGAAGAAUUGGCUUGGCUGCAGGUUCGUGAUCGAGCACGCUAG